UAAAAGAAAGUUCUCAAAACUGUUCUCAAAGUUAUUAGACGUGUCACCGCCACAUUUCCAAAACAAAAACAUUGCGGGAGAAAAUCAUAUGGAAAAGGAAAAUAAAAAUAAAAUCGAAAUGGAAGCAUUUGAAAAUGAUAAUUUUAGUGCAAUUGAUUUUAUAAAUAGUGCCUACACAGCCAAUGAAUACGAAAACAAAGAAGAUUUUGUGUCUUCCCUUGUUUCUGAGCUCCAGAUUUAUGUGCAAGAUGUGAGCGCAGUUCUGGAGGACACUAGUCAGGAAGUAAUUGGGAAUAUGCCGAAGAUUGUGAAAGAUAUGGAUAAUUUGAGGCAGGAAGCUGCAACGUUGCAGAGGAAAAUGCGAGAGAUUCAUGUUGAAAUUGCUCAGGUACAGGAUUCAGGAAGUUGCCUGGCGAAUCUCGAGCGCUUGGAUACGCUGAAGACAAAGUUGCAAAUUGCCAAGCAGGGACUUCAGGAAUCUGACGGUUGGGGUCGUUUGACGUCGGAACUGGAGGAUUUGCUGGAACGCAAUGACAUUUUGGGUGGAUGUGAGAAGUUGAGUAUUCUCCAGAAGUCCCUCAUUGCCCAGAUGAAUCUCCCAGGGCAGAAUGAGCGUGAGAUGCACGUUGAGGAGGCAAAGAAUAAACUUGAAGCCCUUGCGAGUCCACAAGUUGUAAAAUGCUUCUCAAUUGGGGAUGCCACGGAGGCCAGCAAGUAUGUUGAUAUGUUUGGGAAAAUGGAUCGUCUGCCGCAGUUGAAGCAGUACUACCGCACAGUACAGAAAACCGGACUACAGGGGCAAUGGCAGGAGAUUGUGGAUUUAGCGGAGAAUUCCAGUGAUGUGCGCUUCCUGCGGGAAUUCUAUCAUCAUCUCUUGGAGCACUUUCAGAAGCAAGUAAAGUGGUGUGGGCAAGUUUUUGGGCAGUAUGAUGGGGUCAUUGAGGUUUCAUCAAUGACAGCAGACACACUCAAUAGCCUCCAGCCGACGAGGGAGGUGGCAAUUACGAAUUUUCUCAAACGCCACACCGACAAAUUGGAGGCAAUUUCGGAAUUCUCCGCUGCUAAUCAAUUCUUUGGGGUGACCCUGCAGAAAUAUCUGCAAAAUUCGGGAUCAACGCUUCCAAAGGAGAAAUUAGCGGCUCUCUCGAAAGCCAUUUAUGACUACUUCCAAGUUUUCAUCAUCCAAUAUGGGGCCCUUGAGCAGAAUUUGCUUUCAUCGCAUUUGGUUACGCUUGGACUUGGGAAUCAGGUGGUGGCCCUUGAGACUGUCCGGAGUCUGGGGAAUUGCAAUGCAAAGGUGAUUCAGGCAGCAUCAAAUGCUCUCCAGAGGUGUGAGACAAUCACACAGAAUUGCGCAAUUGGACCACUUGUAACAGUGCUGAAUCUAUUCUUCCGGGAGUACUUGGACAAGUACAAGAAGGCCCAGAAGCAAUUGGAUGCAACGAGAAAUGUCCCAAAUGUGAAUUUCCUUCAAAUUUGCACAACUCUCUUGCAACAUCUUGGAGAUUUUAUUCUGCAAGUGAGCACCUUUGAGGAGGAAGUCACGGAAAAGCUCCUGGCAACGUAUGAGCAAAUGUGCCGGCAGGAAUCGUCGUCAUUUCAGUACAAAGUCCUCCGGAAGCAGGAUGUGAGUGAGUUGAAAAAGAUGAAAAACAUUGUAAAUGAAAGGCACGCACAGGGGGGAGAAAAUUCAUUGAAUGUGUGGUCCCUGUUUGCUGGUUUACUCGAAGUUGUUAAGCCAAUUUGUGCGGAGAUUCACGAUACAACCCUGGCGUCGGUUUUUGCCCCCAUUGAGGUGCAUCUGAGGAAUAUUGAGCCAACGGAUUUGAGUAGUUCAAGCUCCGAUUUGCCUGAUUAUAGUUUUGCACCGCAGGAGUACAUUACGCAGGUGGGACAGUACUUGAUGACACUCCCACAGCAUCUGGAACCAUUCCUCCUAUCCCCGUCGGAUACACUGAGACGAUCUCUCGAGAUAGCAGAUGAGAAGUAUUCUCAAUCUUCGACAUGUGGAGACGUUCUACUCUCACUAAUUGCCGAAGAAUGCUGUGCAUUGUACAUGGAGAACAUCUACAAGAUUGGAAGUUUGAGCAAUACAGCAGCAAAGCAACUUGCAACGGACAUUGAGUACUUGGCCAGUGUUUUUGAUGAACUACUCGGGCUGAAAUUGGGAUCACAAAUACAACAAGUAGCCAUCCUCCUUCGGGCAUCUCCUGAAAAGUAUCUAUCCCUCAGUGCAGGAUGUGAUCCAAAGCUCGUAACAACAAUUCGGCAAAUGAGGAAUAUUAUUUCAUCGGAAUAAUUGAAUUGAAUUAAAAAAAAAAUCUUUAUUAACUUUAUUUGAUUGAGAAUAAAAUAUAUAAAUAUACACGAAAUGUGUU